CCCGAGUCCGGGGCUGAGAGUUGGCAGCGCGGACGGGGAGGAGCGGAGCGGAGCGGAGCCCGCCCGAGCGGGGAGCACAAUGGCUGACAACACAAGUAAACUCACCAAGCAUGUGAACAAAACACCUCCAAGGUCUCCUGCAGAUUCCGCAAAAGAAAAAGCAGCCAAAAGGUUAUCCUGCGACUCAAACAGCUCCCACGACGGGGCCAGUGGGCCAGAGUUGAGCGCUCUUGAAGAGGCUUUCAGAAAAUUUGCUAUCCACGGGGAUACGAGAGCCACAGGGAAAGAGAUGCAUGGGAAAAACUGGUCCAAGUUGUGUAAGGAUUGCCACGUGAUCGAUAGCAAGAACGUGACUCUCACCGAUGUUGACAUCGUCUUCAGCAAGAUCAAGGGGAAAUCCAGGACAAUUACUUUUGAGCAGUUCAAGGAGGCACUUCAGGAGCUCUCGAAGAAGCGUUUCAAAGACAAGAGCAACGAGGAAGCGGUGCAAGAAAUGCACAAGCUCAUUGAAGGGAAGGCGCCCGUCAUAGCUGGAGUCACGAAAGCCAUUUCAUCUCCAACUGUCUCACGGCUUACAGACACAACACGUUUCACUGGUUCCCAUAAAGAGAGAUUUGAUCCAACUGGGAAAGGGAAAGGCAAAGCAGGACGUGAAGAUCUGGUGGAUACGUCUGGCUAUGUAUCUGGGUAUAAGCAUGCUGGCACAUAUGAUCAGAAAGUGCAAGGAAGCAAGUAAGCCUGAAGGUUCACCUGUGAGGGGUGAGCAAGACAAGCCUCACCUGUUGCUGUAAAUGCCAAAAAGACUAUGUUGGAAAGCUGUGUUGUAGGAUCCACUUUUGACAUCGACUGAGACUCUUGCAGUGAAGAACCACUUCAUUACAUUCCUCAUGCUUUAUGGCAGUGAAAAGGAAGCAGCGAAGCAUUCUGAGCAAGAAACCGCACCCAAGGGCUCUCUCACCACACCUCGUCUGUACUGGUAGCAGAUCGCAAACAUUCCUAUAUGCCUAAUU